UCUUCUUCAUUGCCUUCACUCCACUCCUCCAAAGUAAGCCUGUCGAGCAGAUAGAAUCAAUGGCGGGCAAAGAACAAAGAAUUCCGUCAGUGAGCUUUGAGUCCUUGUCAGUUCUGAGUAAACCAAUGGUUCUGGGACCGAGAAGGCUCUUUAACAGGUUCUUUGGGUUCAUCCCUGGGGAGAACGAAAACAGUAUCCCACGUCGGAGAAGAAUUCUCCAGGGAGAGGUCGAGGAAGAAGAAUUUCAAUAUACAAGUAGUGCGCAUUGCCUGUCAUCCUACUACAGUGUUUUCGUCGUCCGUCUCGCCAUCAUGGUCAUGCUAGCCAUUUUAAUUGGGAUGCUAACAAUAUUGACAUGGCAUUUCACAAGGGUGUAUACAACAAAAUCAAUAAACAGCUUAGCCUAUGAACUCCGUUUUGAACUUCUACAGCGUCCCAUAUUGCGGAUGUGGAACAUUUUGAAUUCUACAGUUGAAAUAACCAAGGCUCAGGUUAAGCUCUCUGAAUAUGUAAUUGGACGGUAUGACGGAAUGAUGUCUCGAGAACAGGAAGAUGAGAUGUAUGAAGUGAUGAGGAAUGUAACAUGGGCACUCUUUGCAAGUCGAAAGGCUCUGAAUGCAAUAACUACAAGUUACAAAAAUGGUUUUGUCCAGGCUUUUCACAGAGAUCACCAGAGUAACAACACAUUCUACAUCUAUUCAGAAUUUGUAAAUUCUUCAGGUAGAGGGACAAACAAACUCAACACGCUAUCAUCAUAUCGAGGCUGGAGUGAUCAAUCCCUGUAUGGCAACAUGUCUGCAAUUUGGUACCGUGAACCACUAGAUCCAGUAACUGGUGAGAGGAUAGGGGAACCCAGACCAGUUCCACCAGAAGAUCUAAUCAAUAUAGCAGGCCUGUCGGAAGUACCAGAUGGAGCAGCUUCAUGGCAUGUUGCAGUGAGCAAAUUUACAGACUCUCCAUUGCUUUCAUCUGCAUUGCCAGUUAGGGACCGUUCUAAUGAAAGUAUUGUAGCAGUUGUGGGUGUUACUACAGCACUUUACAGUGUAGGUCAGCUGAUGAGAGAAUUAAUGGAACUACAUAGUGGUUACAUGUAUCUAACCUCUCAGGAGGGUUAUGUACUUGCCACAUCAACAAAUGCCCCACUCUUGAGGAACUCAACAUCUGGGCCUGAACUUAUGAUGCCUGUUGAUUCAGAAGAUCGUAUUAUAAGACUAGGAGCUCAGUGGCUGCAGAGAGCCUAUGGCAACAAUUUUCCUCCUAACCAUGAGAUUCAUGUUGAGAAUGCCAAGCUCGGCCACCAGAAAUAUUAUAUUGACUCUUUCUUCUUAAAAUUAAAAAGACUCCCUAUGGUGGGGGUUAUUAUAAUUCCUAGGAGAUACAUAAUGGGAAAGGUGGAUGAGAGAGCAUUUAAGACGUUUGUCAUAUUGAUAUCUGCCUCUGUUUGUAUUCUACUCGUUGGGUGCCUUUGCAUUUUAAUACUAACAAGUGGAGUAUCAAAGGAAAUGAAACUAAGAGCAGAACUGAUAAGCCAUCUUGAUGCAAGAAGAAGGGCAGAGGCAUCAAGCAACUACAAGAGCCAGUUCUUAGCAAACAUGAGUCAUGAGCUGCGAACACCUAUGGCUGCAGUGAUUGGGUUGCUAGACAUUCUUAUGUGUGAUAAUUUCCUCACAAAUGAGCAAUAUGCAACAGUUACCCAGAUCCGUAAAUGUUCAAAUGCUCUACUUCGGCUUCUCAACAACAUUUUGGACCUUAGUAAGGUUGAAUCUGGAAAACUAGUAUUGGAAGAAGCUGAGUUUGACUUGGGGCGAGAACUUGAAGGACUUGUGGAUAUGUUCUCUGUGCAAUGUAUUAACCACAAUGUGGAGACAGUUCUAGAUCUCUCUGAUGAUAUGCCAAAAUUUGUCCAAGGAGACUCUGCUAGAGUGGUUCAAAUAUUUGCAAACCUAAUUAGCAAUUCUAUGAAGUUCACAUCAUCGGGCCACAUAAUUCUGCGAGGGUGGUGUGAGAAUUCAUUUAACAUUGUGAAGUUUCCCCUCAGUCAGAAGGAAUCAUGUUAUGCAAACAAAACAAAAUUGAAGCAACAUGGAAGCCAUGCAAAGAAAACCUUCAAGAAAGAUAAAAAAGUCAUUCUCUGUUUUGAACUUGAUGACACUGGCUGUGGAAUUGAUCCAAGCAAAUGGGAAUCUGUAUUUGAAAGCUUUGAGCAAGCUGAUCCCUCAACAACCAGAUUGCAUGGUGGGACUGGUCUUGGCCUAUGCAUAGUUCGAACCUUGAUUAAUAAGAUGAGUGGAGAAAUCAAAGUUGUCAGAAAAGAUGGUCCAGGCACUCUGAUGCAGCUAUAUUUGAUGCUUAGCACACCUUUGGAUGGCACAGGACAAAUUUAUCAAAUUGAUUUUUCCAAACAUAGCAUGAUGGUGUUGCUUGCACUUAAUGGCAAUAUGGGUAGAUUGAUAAUGUCUCAAUGGUUAAGAAAACAAAGAGUGUGCACUUGGGAAGCAUCUGACUGGAACGAACUAACACAAAAUAUUAAGGAAGUAUUCAAAGCCAGCAUUGUAAUCCCCAAAAGCGGAUCCAAUGAACAUACAACAAGUAAUCCUUCCAGACCUGAAGAGUUAAAAGUUCAAACCAUGACAACUUCAAAUGUUGUCAUAGUAGUUGAUAUAGGGAUACUUGACCUAAGUACAGACAUAUGGAAUGAGCAGCUGAAGUUCCUUGAUAAAUAUCAUGGGAAAGCAAAGUUUGCAUGGAUACUAAACCAUGACACCCCCAAUGUUGUUAAAAUGGAACUCCGAAGGAAAGGUCAUCUACUGAUGGUUAAUAAACCUCUCUACAAAGCAAAAAUGGUUCAGAUUCUGGAAGCUGCCAUAAAAGAAAGGAAUCUUGAGUUGCAGCAGAAGAGUUUGGAUGAUUCAGGAAUUUUGACAAUGCCAGGUGACUUGCGUGAAUGUUUUGAAAUUGAUCCCAUUCAUUUUGAUAUUGCCAGCUCAGAUGACUCUGAUACAGCUGAAGCAAGAAUUGUUAGCUCAAGAAAAGCCACAUCUCAAACUGGAGAGAAUCCAGGAGGAAGAAUUUCAACACCUGGUCUGUCAGAUUAUAAGACUGUUCACAACAGUUCAGUUGAGCCAAAUCAACUCCAUUUAGAAGAAAAUAAAUUGAAAGAAAGGUUCCCAUGUCAAGCAGGGAAAAAUACUUCUAACGUUGAGGAUUUAGCAAAGAAGUUAGUAUGCAGAAAAAACAUAUUGGUUUUAACAGAACUUGAAUGUGGAAGUUCAAGAUGUGGUGAACAUCAAAUAAUCAGCAACAUUCCUAAAGAAGAAGAUCAUAUGGACUCAGGUAAGGUAGUUAAUGGACGAAAUCCUCUUGGAGGUUUGUGUAUACUGCUCGCAGAAGAUACACCAGUACUACAAAGAGUUGCAACAAUAAUGUUGGAAAAGAUGGGAGCUACUGUUGUGGCUGUAGGAGAUGGGCUGCAGGCAGUGGAAACUCUGAAACUCAUGUUCAGUGAAGAUGGACAUGGAAUAAGGGGAUCUUCCAUACAGGAUGGAGAAACCAGAUCUCAGGCAGAAGUCCCAGAAUUUCACAAAAUUGAUUUGGUCCUCAUGGAUUGUCAGAUGCCAAAGAUGGAUGGCUAUGAAGCAACAAAACAAAUCAGGAAAUUUGAGGCAGGGACUGGUUUGCACAUUCCCAUCAUUGCACUGACAGCCCAUGCGAUGCCAUCAGACGAAGCCAAAUGCUUGGAAGUGGGUAUGGAUGCAUACCUAACAAAGCCAAUUGACUGCAAGAAAAUGAUCUCCACCAUCCUUACACUUACUAAGUGAAUGGCAUACAGCUGUUUCAAAGAAGAACAUAACUGCUUGAGUUUCACACAAGUUCCAAGCUAACAAAUUCAUUGGCUGGUAGCCUGGUGUAUAGUUGGAUGUCAUCAAAACAAAAAGCGUUUCACGUCGAGAAAAACCUCCCUACUAGUACCCCAUUGUGCUGUGUUCUUUCCUGUAAGGAUUAUUUUCGUGUAUAUAUGAUAUUUAUCCUUAGUUCCUAACAGAAAUGUUCAUACAAGAAAGAGAAAAACCCCACUGGAUUUGAGAAGGAAGAACAAAACUCGAGUUCAAAACAAAUGUGACACAAGAGUUUCCAUCAAUUACUCUUCAGUAGCAAAGUAUAACUCCGUUCCCAUCAAACAGUGACCCAGAAUAAUCAUACAUAUAUAAAUAAGAUGUAAAUUCAGCGGUUAAAUACACUGACGCAUUAAUUCAUAUGUGACAUGAUCAAGAA